GUAUAACCGACCACAGAUAAAUUUAUAUUUUACCAAAUUUCAAAACCGUCAUUGUCAAAAUUAAAAAAAUCAUGUAAAAUUUUUGUACAAAAUAUGCUAAGAAAUGAACAGAAAUCAACGUAGGUAUGGAACUAGGUUGCCGCGGCGGAACGACAGCGAAGGAAGGUUUAGGUCCGUGAGGUCCCGCAAUGGGUCGGAGCUUGAGGAAAUAUACGUGCCGAGGCACCGGCGGGACUCACCGCCUAUGACCAACAGGUGCUGUCAUGUGACUCCCGAGCAAGAGGACUUUGCGCAGCUUACGGAAGGCGAUGCUGAUCAGUACCAACUAUUAAUCCGCGAUCAGUACGGCUUCGAACCUAUAAUACCAGAUACCAUAAAGCAGUUACGGGAAUUGAAAAAAGUACUCUGCGGUAGUUGCACGAAGAUAGAAAAUGGUUCGCAGUAUGUCGAUCCUGAACUUAUGUUGCCGACGUAUGUGGAGACGCUAGACGGGUCGCAAUGGCAGAGCAUUGACAACACCGAAGAUCUCGAUAAGUACAUCAUCAGGGACAAGGGAACACAGAAAAGUUCGUCUACAGUAACAUUUCAAGAGAUAUUACCUCAAAACAUACGCAUAUCGGACGUGCCCAGGGUAAAAGUGAUCGCUGAAAAAUUUUCAAGAUACAAGAAGAACAACGUAGAAUUAAGGAAAUUGACGGAGAAGAUAGUCUGUGUGGAGUACGAUAUUUAUGAUGAAUCGUCUACUGGUGACUUGGAGACUCCAGCUGAAAAAAUGAGAGCUUUCUUUUCUGUGAAACCUUUUGAAAGUAUAGACGGAGAACGAGAGAGAGAUGAAACCGUGGCCACACGAAUGCCAUCAGAAGUGAAAAGAAAAUUCAAUUUAGAAGACGAGGAUCUAAAGAAAUUAAGUGAGAAAGAAAUCGAGAUAAUCGACGGAGAGAUUCCCGAAAACAAAUCUUAUUUAGAAGAUCUUAGGAUCGUGCUUAGACGUAACCAAUCGAUAAAUGCUAAUAGAAACAGCACUACAAUAAAUCUAAUCACUUUGUACGAAAUGGCCAUAAAAGAAUAUCCACCAUUGAAAUUCGAUAACUUUGAUGAGAAUAUACUUACAAAAGCCGAAUUAAAAGAUAUCAAAGAUCUCAUAAUGAAGAAAUGCGUGUCAAGCAUUCACGGAAUAUGUAGAAAGACGAUUAAAACUCAAAAAGAGAAGGGCGAUAAAGUUAGGGAUGUUAGUUUGAUAUCAAACAGUAUCUUGUUGGAAUUGCUGCGUGAGGAUGGGAAGACCAAUGUGUUUCAAUAAAUACGGUGUUUUCUGA